AUGUCGACGAUGCGGCUUGUGGUGAUAGAGCCAAGGCUGCAGCUUACCUUCCUCCUCAAUAGGCCACCACAGUUUCUCUAUGCGUAUGUGCUAUUUGGCAUCAAGAUGGGCCCACUUGUCAGACACACGAUCGCGGCUAUGGGCCUACUUGCAAUGCGCACUGUCUACACUAUUGUGGCAGGCAUCCACAUCGUCGCUGCCGGCAUGUGCCUUGGAUUCGACCUCAUGGACCAAAUGCAGCAGGCGUUGCCGAUAACGAGCACGGGAUGGGCUGCCAUUUCCGCUUCCGAUGCCUCUGUUGCUGCCCUUAUGCUCUACCUCACGAGCUCACACCAUGAUCAUUUCGGCAGUGGGAGCAUCUAUGGAAUUGUAAUAGGAGCUGGCGUGCGCAUGUCAAUGGCAGGGGAAGGUCAGGGAAAGCCCGGACGACAGCGGAGGGUAUGGGGCAAUGGUGGGUACAGGACAAUUCCGGAAGAUCUGGAAGAUGUUGGAUGA